ACUUCCAUCAAAUGAAAUAAAACAGAUGUUCACAAAAUUUGUAGGUUAUGUUUAUAUAUUUUUAUUGUUGUAAUCACCAGAAUGUAGAAUCUAAUGUAUAAAUAUAUUAUCUAAACUAUUUGCUUAUUUAAAGAGUCGUUUAUUUCAUAGUUGUUUCAAAGAUGAAUUCUGUUCAUAGAAAACUUCUAGUAACUAGUGUUUCCAGCUUAUUGUUGGAGCUAGGAUUUGACUCGGCUGAAAAUGGGGCAUUAGAAACAUUAACUGAAAUGCUACAAAGCUUUGUGACCGAGGUGGGCAACAGUAGCCGUGCCUGCUGCGAGCUAGCGGGGCGCACAGAGCCGCUGGUCGCCGACGUAAUCCUGGCCCUGGUGAACAUGGGCGUCGACGUGUCGUCGAUUGAGGCGCAUGCGCAUAGGCCUGCUCACAGCACAGUACCGGCGCCCCUCCCCUCCAACCCGCUCAAGCAGCUCAGCAUCCUGCAGGCAGGGGUCAAGCAGAGUCAUCCGCCUCACAUACCCACGCAUCUGCCGCCGUUUCCCGAUCCGCAUGCCUACAUUCGGACGCCUACCCAUAAACAACCCGUGACAGAAUAUGAAGCCAUUCGAGAAAAAUCAGCGGCCCAAAAAAGGGAUUUGGAGAGAGCAUUGAAUCGGUUUAUUGCGAAAACUGGUGAAACAGACAGCCUGUUUCUCUCCCAGGACAACAUCUUUCCAUUGAUUGCCAGCAAGCCGAACUUCCCACCCUAUCUGAACGCUCUUCUCCCGAAAGACCAAGUGUUCGAAUUUGAAGAGGAUGAAUCGAACAGAAGUCCGCAAAGGAAAAAGAAAGACGGAAUAAAAGAAGAAGAGGAGGCGAAUAAGGCUGAAAACGACAUCAUCGACAACCCUUACUUGAGGCCUGUCAAGUUGCCUCCCAACAAACUCAAAAUAAAAGGUUUGACUCAAUGUACUUUGACAACAUGACAUACAUUCUUACAUAAAAAUCAGUUCGGGAAUUACCUCUGAUGAACAGUUCUGUGAAGGUUGUAAUAAAUGUAAAUAUUUUAGAAUUAUUGCAACGAGUAACAGGAAAUCACAGUGUUACAUCAAACUCAAUAGAGUUUGAUGAAAAUUGAGUAAAUGUCAGCUUUUUAUUAGAAAAAUAGUUGGACCCAUCAAUGUUUUUAAUGUAAGUACUGGAAAGUGUUGUGCUUUUGAAAAAAACGUUGAUGUUACUUGGUGUAAGGGGUUAUACACGGAACAAUUUUUUUCUCUUUGUGAUAUUUUCUGUUAGAUAUUUUCUGAAUAAAUUUAUUCCCAUCAAGGAAAUUCUUGCUUAGUACGAUUCUGGUAAGCUACUUAGUUAAUAUACAAUGGAGUCUUGGUUCAUAGAUAUAGUCCUAGUGUUCUCUUAGGGAGUGUGUGGCGUCAAUUUGUUCCAAUGAUUCUUCUUACGGAUCUAUGAUAGUUCAGUGAAGAGUAUUGUAAUAUGAAAAAAUGAAUGUGUUCAAAAGUGUAGGUAUAAAAAUGUUGAUGCAUUAUUUGUGUAUCGUAUUAUGUGUCAAUAAAACAAUGAUCAAUAAAUCAGAUUCUUCAAUAAA